CCCUGUUUGUUGAAUUCAUUUCAUUUCCAUUACCAUCAUACUCCAAGAUGGCAGUGUUAUCAGAGAUAGAAGAAGAUGAACUCGAUGAAGAACCAGGCGAAGUCAUCGAAUCAGCACCGCCUCAAAAGCUCGGCGAAGAGAGGCAACUCACUUCCAACUCGCCGAUCAAGAAGAAGCUUCUCAAAAUUGGACACGGUUGGGAAACUCCCAACUUCAGCGAUCAUGUUACUCUUCAUUAUGUUGGAACUUUGCUUGAUGGAACCAAAUUGGGUUCUACUAGGGAUUCUGAUUCUCCCGUCACAUUUACACUUGGUCAAGGUGAAUUGUAUGCUGGAUUGGAUGAUGGAAUCGUCACCAUGAAGAAAGGAGAGGUGGCAUUGUUCACAUUACCUGCUGUUGAGUCUGGAAGCAUUCCACAAGACUCCAACUCGGUUGUGCAAUUUGAGGUGGAACUCGUUUCUUGGAUCACGGUGGUGGAUGUUUGCAAAGAUGGUAGAAUUAUCAAGAAAAUUAUGGAGAAGGGGAAAGGGAAUGAUCGACCCGGUGAUCUUGAUGAAGUCCUUGUGAAGUAUCAGGUGGCACUUGAAGCUGGCACUGUUGUUGCAGAAACUCCGGAAGGAGGAGUUGAAUUCUAUGUGAAUGAUGGUCAUCUUCUUCCUAGAUUGCCAAAAGUGAUCAUGACUAUGACAAGGGGCGAGAAAGCUGAAUUAAUUGUUCAACCUCAGUAUGCCUUUGGGGAGAAGGGGAGAGAAGCUGGCAGCGGGUUCCGUUCAAUUCCACCAGACUCAAUGCUCUAUAUUAAUAUUGAAUUGGUGUCCUUCAAGCCUGUCAUAAAUGUUACUGGUGACUUCACGGUGAUUAAGAAGAUUUUUAAAGAAGGGGAGGGUGCUUUCACAGCCAAUGAGGGUGCAAAUGUUACUGUCAGAUACACAGCUAUGCUAGAAGAUGGCACUGUAUUCGAGAAAAGAGGAAUUGAUGAAACACAACCCUUGAAAUUUGUAACUGAUGAGGAACAAGUGAUUACUGGUUUAGACCGAGCAGUGGCAACAAUGAAGAAGGGUGAAAGGGCCAUAAUCAGUAUACAUCCUGAUUAUGCUUUUGGAAAUGUUGAAGUGAAACAAGAUCUUGCUAUUGUGCCACCAGGCUCAAAAGUAGUGUAUGACAUUGAAAUGGUGGAUUUUAUUAAGGAGAAAGCACCAUGGGAGUUGAAUAGUAAUGAAAAAAUUAAGGUGGCUGAGAGGAAGAAAGAAGAAGGAAAUUUAUUAUUUAAAAGUGGCAAAUAUCAGCGAGCAGCGAAGAAGUAUGAUAAGGCUGCUGAUUUUGUUAGCAGAGAUGGAUCUUUAGGGGAUGAUGAGGAAAAGUUAGCUAAAUCAUUAAGAGUUUCAUGCUGGUUGAAUGGUGCAGCUUGUUGCCUUAAACUGAAUGACUUUCCUGGAGCAAUCAAACUAUGUACUCAGGUGCUUGAUGUUGAGUUUCACAAUGUGAAAGCUUUGUAUAGACGAGCACAAGCAUAUAUAGAGACAGAAGACUUUCUUUUAGCAGAUGUAGACAUCAAGAAAGCUCUUGAGGUGGAUCCACAAAACAGGGAGGUAAAGGUACUAAAGAUGAAAUUGAAGCAACUUCAAGCUGAUAGUGACAAAAAAGAUGCUAAACUGUAUGAAAGUAUGUUUGCACCUAAAACAAAGCACAAUGAAGGUGUUGGAGGUUGCAAUGAAGGAAACCCAAAUACCACAAUUAGACGGCUAGGGGUGGACCGCAAUGAAGGCAGAAUUGCCAACAGUUACCUUAUGUCACAUGUUUUUUGUUGUUAAUCGCUGUUGAUUAGAUUGAAGGUUGAGAAAGAAGAGGAUGAGGUGGUGAAAAUGGAUAUGGGCAAUGUUGGUGACAGCGCAGCUCCUUCUGAUGGUUUAAUUUUUGAUUCCCGUUGAACCUGUAUACUUUAAAUGCUUCUAACAAAAGGAAUAUAUAUACGAUAUGUAAUAGCUGUUAGCUGCAUAAAUUUCGGAUGAAAGUUUUACAUGGUCACACAACAAACAUUUAUUUAUGGAAAUAUGACAAACUCCUAAUCUUUGGACGAACAA